CCUUCCACCACUCCUCUACUGUUCCAUUCUCUUCUCGGUAUGUUCGCUGAAAAGCUGUGUUCGUUAAUGGCCGCCUUGUCCCUUUCCGUGCCACUGUAGAUGCAGAGUGGAUAGAUCUGAGGCGAUCAGAGAUCGGUAGCCAUCGCUUGUACGCAAUCUUUCCGUAUGAAGCCGAUGCAGAAAUUUUGACGGGCUUCUUUUUGUUAUUCUGUUUUCCCUUCCUUUUUUGGUGGAUCUUUCUUGGUUGUUCCCUUUUCGCCGUCAAAUUUGUGAUUUGGUGGAUCUUUCUGUGAUUUCCUCUCUGGAUUCAUCCAGGGAUCAUGGCUGGUGAAGCGUCGUGGGAGGAGAGUGAUCCUAUCGCCUACUUCCGCGGUGAGGUCGCGGUGUUUGAGCCGGUGGCUGGAGACAGAGACGGCGGCGAUCGGGAGGACGCAUUGAUCUCGUUGGACGCGAUUUUGCCCGACGAUCUACUGGAGAAGGUGCUAUCCUUCCUGCCCGUCGCCAGCAUCAUCCGGUCGAGCUCCGUCUGCAAACGGUGGUACGAGACCGUGCACUCGGGGCGGCCGUCGUGGGCGAGGAUGUCGCCGCAGAAGCCAUGGUAUUUCAUGUUCACCUGCAGCGACGACGCCGUGUCCGGCUACGCCUACGACCCGAGCCUCCGCAAGUGGUACAGCUUCGACUUCCCCUGCAUCGAGAAGAGCAACUGGCUGACGUCCUCCUCCUGCGGCCUGGUCUGCGUCAUGGACAGCGAAGACUGGAGCAGCGUCUUCGUCUGUAACCCGAUAACGCGGGACUGGACGCGGCUGGUCGACGCCCCCGGCGGGUGUUCCCCGGAUUACAGCGCGCUCGCGGUGUCGGUCGACCGGCGCACGCACGGCUACACGGUGGCCGUGGCCAAGUGCAAGCAGGUGCCGCAGGACUACUACCAGUGGGACUUCUCGAUCCACGUCUACGAGUCGGCCACGCGCGCCUGGGUCACCCUCUUCGCCCAAGUCCUCGCCGGCUGGAGGAGCGGCGACGAGUGCGUCAUCUGCGACGGCAUCCUCUACUUGUUGAUCUACUCCACCAGCGUCCUCCGCAACGUGGACUCCCGCCAUUGCCUGGCGAUGUACGACCUCGCCGCGCGGCCCUCCUCUUCCCGAUCCAGCAGUCUGACGCAAAUGGCGAUCCCCGCGCCCUGCUCUCUCACCUGCGGCCGGCUGAUGAACCUGGGGGACAAGCUGGUCAUGGUCGGCGGGAUAGGGAAGCACGACCGGCCGGGGAUCAUCAAGGGGAUCGGGAUUUGGGAGCUGGAGGAGAAGAAGGAAUGGCGGGAGGUGGCGCGAAUGCCGCACAGAUUCUUCCAGGGGUUCGGCGAAUUCGACGACGUCUUCGCCAGCGGCGGCGCCGACGACCUCGUUUACAUACAGAGCUUCGGUUCCCCGGCGCUGCUGACGUUCGACAUGGGGCAGAGGCUGUGGAAGUGGUCGGCUAAGAGCCCCGUCACGAAGCGCUUCCCCCUCCAACUCUUCACCGGCUUCUGCUUCGAACCCAGGCUCGAGGUGCCUUCCUGAUCUCUCUUCUCUCUUCCAUGAUGCUAGAAAUGUUCUAAACUCUAAUGAAGAAAUUUUAACCGGAUAAGUCCGUCUACUCUCUUUUUGCCACACAAAAAGAAAACUCGUGUGUCGAGAGAGACCGACUCCGUGGCCCGGUUAUUUAAUUUUAAUAUAAUACAAUGUUUUAAAAAACAAUAACACCCGGAGCGAAGCAUAAAAAUGGAAGCCUGUGAGUUCAUGAAUAUCCGAUAAAAAUGAGCACCCCCAUCAUCCGCAGAUCAGCUUUCGCUUCGGCUGUGGGGCCCUCCUCGGAAGGGAGACCUGUGGCUUUGAGUUUGGGGCCUGCCCACAGCUCCCCCCACUUCCGGGCAGGGCAUGUCAGCUGCUGUCGCGCUGCCAUAGGACUGGCCUCUGACUUCCACAGCCUCACGCACCGGCUAUCAAAAGAAGAGCGCCAUGGUGGCGCUGCUGGCUUCGGGCUGGAAUUUAAUGGCAGCUGUUCCAACUACUGCUACUUGCUACUGCAUUUACAUUGCCAGAGCGAGUAGUUAUCUAUCUCUGUUUUUUUUUCCCAUCUCCUAACGAGAAACUUUUAUUUUAUUUUAUUUUAUUUUGAUUUUGGGGUGAUGAUCGGUGAGUUGCUUGAUUGAGUACGAUGGAUUUAUGGUCCAAUCAUGGAUCAUAUGUAAUGCGUCUCAUGCAUCAGUUCGAAAUGGACCAUUUGGAGAUUUUUU